CAACCUCAGAAAACUAAUGGCAACCCUUCACUUCACUCCAUCUCCUUGUUUCGCUCUCAACCCAAAACAGUCGCACCCGACCAUACUGCCCUCUCCUUUUCAGCUCAGUCUCCGGCCAAAACGACACCGUACACGGCGGCAGUGGAAUGUGGUCCGGUCGUACAAGGUUGUGGUGGAGCACGAGGGCAAGUCCACUGAACUCGAGGUGGAGGAAGAUGAGACCAUACUAGACAAGGCAUUGGAGUCUGGAUUGUCUGUGCCGCACGACUGCAAGCUUGGGGUGUGCAUGACUUGCCCGGCUAAGCUUAUCGGCGGCGGGGUGGACCAGAGUGAAGGUAUGCUGAGUGAUGAUGUGGUGGAGAGGGGGUAUACAUUGCUCUGUGUUUCGUACCCCAAAUCAGAUUGUCACAUUCGGACCAUUCCGGAAGAGGAGCUGCUCUCACUCCAAUUAGCAACAGCUAAUGACUAAAAAAUUUGGGUUUUGAGAAGUGAGGGGUGUUUGAAAUUGAGGCAUGUUUGUAUCGAGUUAUCGAUUGUUGAAUAGAACUUAUAUAUGCGCUUUGCUUUAUCACUUGUGAAUUUGUUUUCUGGUGCUAUUUGAAUCCUAUGAUUGGUU